CCGCCCCCCUUAUCAACUCCUGGAAGUUGCGUCAUCAUACCGCGGACGCAGCUGCUGUUGAGAAUUAAACAUGGCGUCUGUGACCAACGCUACAUCCGAGUGGAUACAGUUCUUCAAGGAUGCUGGCAUCCCUGCUGGUCUGGCUGUUCACUACGCAGUCUCUUUCGUUGAUAACAGAAUUCAGAAGAACAUGCUGAUGGACCUGAGUAAGGAGUUCAUGAUGGACCUGGGGAUCACAGUGAUCGGAGAUAUCAUUGCCAUCCUGAAACACGCCAAAGUUGUUUAUAGACAGAUGAAAAGCGCAGAUUGGAACUCUCCUCCUUCUCCUCCUACUCGACCCAGCAUGGAAUCCAGGACUGGAGGCACUUUCAGGAAGAGAGCCCCUGCAGAUGAUAUGUGUAAAAUGGCAACUGAGGCAAUAUCAUCGGGUCAAACAACCAUUCAGGCAGAACUCAGAAGAAAUGCCAACACCCCUGCGACCCGGAUGAUCGCAAACAGUCUGAGCCAAGACUCUCCCCCACCCACCCCCGUCAGGAAACCGGACAACAGACUGUCCGUCACUGUGUCCAAUAAGCAGGCCAAAGCAGACGCGGGGCCCGAUGUUUCGGUGAAGCGACGGCGGGUCACUGCAGAGAUGGAGGGCAAAUACAUCAUCAACAUGCCAAAGGGGACCACGGAGCGAACCAAGAGGAUCCUGGAGGAGCAGGCAGAGAUAGAAAAGGGUGUUUAUCGAACCUCUGUGUUUGAGAGACUAGGAGCUGAAUCCAAGGCUGAUGCCACUAUGGGAAGCAAGCCCACGGGGGUGUUCAGCCGGUUGGGAGACGCGAUGGGCGAGCGCAGGGAGGAGGAGGACGAGAAGGCGGUGGAGAGCGACGGGGAAGGCUCCGUGCUUCAGUACGCUGGGGUCCUGAAGAGAACAGCACAGCCUGCCAGGAAAACCCCGACCAAGGCCAGCCCUGCCUCCCUGACCACGGCCAAGACCAGGACUGCCCUUGCGGCUCGCAGACCAGCCGUCGUCACCUUGAAGCGCCUGGGCAAGCCUGCCAGGGCCCUGGCAGCCUGCACUGCCACAGACAAGCCAGAGCCUGCUGCCAAGGUCAGCGUGCUGCAGAGGCUGGGCAAGCCCUCCAGCCCACAACCCGACACUCAGGACAGCAGGGUGACCAGCACCAAGAGCAAAGGGUUCACCGUCACCAUCAACCGGGGGCUGGGCAGCGCCAAGAAGUGACCCUGGGAGUUUGUUCUUGAAACAGAGCUGGGAGCACAGACUAUUAACACAGUGCUGGGGCAAGUAUUGGAACAAACACCUGUGGAAUGUAAAUCGGCAAAAUUAUUUCACCAUUUUCAAACAUAAUGGAAACACUUUACAUUAAAAAAUACAAGCUGUUGACUUUUCAUAGAAUUUGAAUUACGACUUACUUUGUCUUGAGAAAUUAGUUCUACAGAUCACUUAAGUAGCCAUGAUUCAUAAUGAAUUCUUGAAUGAUAGCUAUUCCAUUGGAAUUCACAUGGAUUUGCAACUAUUUUAUUUUAAGAUGUACCCAACAUAAUUUAUAUACAUUUGUAUACCAACAAUUAUCAUAAAAUUUCUGCCCUUUGUGAAGUUAGACUAUUGGUACCAGGUUUUACAGGAUAUGUAUUAAACACCUGUAAUAAAAUUUUAAAAAACACAUUCUACUGUAGAGAACCGGCCAUCUUUUGUUUUUUGAAGGUCAUUUGACUGUAAAACAAUGCUAGAUUGUACCUCUUUGAAAUGAAAGACUGUUAGUCUAAAUUGAUUUUUAAAAAAAUAAGUUAAGAAACGCAUUGCCUUUUCAUCAGAGUGUUUAUCUGGUGGUGGUCCACUUCUCUGUGACUGCAUUCUGUAUCCCUGCUAUUAAUCCAUCAGAUCUGUCACUUAAGAUAGGAACCUCAGAAGAUGAUCUCCCUAUCCAGGAACAGCUGCUGGAGUUAGGAGACUGCUGUCAUAUAGGAAAGAGCAUUCCUCAAACACACUCUAGUAUUGACAUCAUCUGCCCUCAGCACUGCUGUCAUACACGGAGGAAUGGCAUCCCUCAAACACACUCAAGUAUUGACAUCAUUCUGCUGUAGGAAGAAUUAACAAGUAAAUAAAUGUACGAUACCCAAUCAAGAGUAACUAGCUGAUAUGUGUAAUGGUUUUAAUUAAUUAGCACUCUGAAUUAUUCAUUACUUUGAACCAAGCUCAAGAGCGCGAGGAAACAAUUGCACAAUAAAAUACACAACACUGCUGUAUUUUUUAUCAGAAGUUUGUGAAUAAAAUGCAGUACAAAAGUAGGAAAGAAGGUUAAUAUCAAAAUGUAAAUUGGCACAUUACCAGUUAUCAGUACUGGUUAGGCAGAAUCUCAGUGUAAAUGUCAAUUACAAGUGAAAGCAAUGCAUUCAUUGUCUAUUCUGUAAGAAUCAGUAACUAUAAUAAUAUGAAUAUGCAAGCAGGAUCAUUGUGCAAGUAAAUAAAUUAAAUUCAGUGAACUAAUACGGUAUUAUGAAAUUGUUAAUUCUCUAUCCAUCAGUUGUUUAAUUAUAUAUCCUUUAAUUAAAAUCACGGCACAAAAACAUCUGAACAUUCAUUUGUUUAAGGAAAAUAAGAUUCGGUACCCCUUAUUCAAGUUCAUAGAUCACCUUGCAAUACUAGCUGUUGGCUGUAAUCCAUUUAGAUAGAAAAUUAAAACUGGCUUUCUUUUUGUAAGAACUAAAUAUCACACAAACCCUUUUUACAUUACACCACUAUCCACUUUUCUGCAAAUAAACAUUAAUUCCCCAAGUAUAGUUUCUGUAACCCUUUCUAAUCUUUAGUUUAAUUGGCAUUACUCUGUUUGUUCUGCAGAGUUGUUGCAGUGUUGAGCAUGCGGGUCGUCUUGUAGAGCAGUGUCCCCUUUUAGCCUUUAUUUAACAAAACAUACAUUCCUCCAGUAAAAUUAACCAUUCCCCCUAGGUCAGUUCAGUCCAUUAAUUGAGUCUUUAAAUCAUUAGUUGUCCUCUUCUUUAAUUACAAUUCCAGGUAUUGAAGUUAUUUGUAUUUUAAUAUCCAUUAAACAAUCUUUGAGUCUUCAAGUUUCUUAAUCAUUGCAGGUUUUCUAGAUGUUAUUCCGAGCUUGCAGUCCAGUUGUUAAAAGCAAUCUCCCUUUCCUCUGACUUACUCGUUCAUGUUUGGAGCUGUUGGUUAAAGAUGUUAUACACACGCUCCUUUUUUUCUGACUUUGCUUGCUAGAUGUUGAUAGCAGCAUUGCCGUUCACAAUGUUAUGCCUGUUCUUACCUUUCUUUGACUGUACAAAACUCCCUCUAAAACAAAGAUAGCCUCUUGGUUGCCCUUGAAGAUUUCCAAACUUACAAUAUCUCUCAUUGUUCACAAUAACUAUAUUAAAUUAGCCGCCACACCUGGCAGUUCUAGGGAGUCAAACUUGGUCGAGCUGUGUGCUUCACUUAGCGGUGUAGCUAUGGUUACUGGGCUCACUCCCUUUGACCUCUUUUAUGACAGUUUUGCAGCUUCAGUACAAUUAAAAAUAAGGUUAGAACACAGAAUAAAAGGCUACACACCUUCUCUUUCUGGUUGUCAUAGAGACUAGUCCAGCUGCCUCCAGACCUAUGUGCCGAUUCCUGUUAUUAUGUUAUGUUCCAACACUGCACUCAGCACUGCUGUCAUACAGGAAGGAACAGCAUCCCUCAAGUACACUCCAGUAUUGAAAUCAUCCUGCACUCAGCCCUGCUUCAUGUCUUGAAUACUGCUCCUGUACAGGUAUUCAUAAUUAAUCUAGAGCUGUGUUAAUUUAGUGUGACAGUUGGUUUUUUACCGUUGGUUUGCCUGUUACUUUAUUAUUAUAGUUUAUUAACAUACACCUGCCUAUUGCUUUUCUCUUAUUCUGUUCAUUUCAUAUGUUGAUGCACGUCCGUCAUGACAAGCUAUAAAUUUUUAUUUAUUGAUUGAUUCAUAUUGUGUCUGGUGAUCCACUCUAAGAACACUUUGCUUGCUUCCCGAGGGCUGUUCUCUUAUCCGGAGACUACUGUAGUACCUAUCUUUCUUUAAAAAAAUUGUACUUGUAAAUUUAGUCACCAAAUUAAUUUAAUUUGUGGCCUGACCUGGAUUUGAACCCAGGAUCAGAGGCAAGAGAGGCAGUGGAUUAGCCUGCUACACCCCCUCACUGCAUGGUACACAUCACCUGCAUGUCAUUGUGGUCACCCUGUUCAUAUUUAGUAGCCACAAGGUGCAGUAAUUGGCAUUUCAUUCCUAUUUUGUUAUCAGCUUUCGUCAGCUUAUCCUAUUGACUGGAGAAGGAGGUCAGCUGUCAAAUGAACCGUCAUAAACUAGGAGCUCUCAGCCAAAGGGAUGAGCAGAGGCAGCAAUUUGAAAGGAAUUACAGUCUGGAGUCUGACACAUGCUAAAGCCAACAGAAAAAUCCUCUCAAAUAAUUAAUGCUUUAUAAAAAAAAUAGCAAAGUGCCGUCAUUAUCACAGUAGUGAUCUAAAAUUCAUUGCGCUGCUCCAUAGAAACAUCAGCAAGCCUAAUAAUCCUGGUGGAUUGUUUAGAAGACAGAUGAUAACCUUAGGAGGACCUCUGAUUUAUUUCAGCUAUAGCUUGACUCCAGAUAGAGAACAGAAAAGUUUUGUAUUUUAUAACGUACAUUACAAUUUAGUCUUCAAUUAUUUUACCCCUGUUUUCCACCCCAAUUAUGUUCUCUCACCACAGCAAUUCCCCACAACAGCUCAGGAGAACUGAAGGUCAGUGGGCAUCCUCUGAUCCCAUCAUCAAGCCAGCUGCCUCUUUAAAACCGGGAGCAGAUGUCAGCAAGCUACCGAUUUUUGGAGGACAGACCAGCACAGCUCACCAGGCUCACCAGGCUCACUGGCCAGUUUGGGCCGCUGUGGGGCGGUGAGGUGAUGCACUCAUGGAUGAUUGCUCCCUCCCUCAUCCUUGAAGAGAAAGGGUUCUUCCUCCAGACCAGGGCAGGUUUGAGGCAUGGAGACUGAACUACUCCCUCCCAGACCCUCCAAGAGAGAGAGUGCUCUCCCUCCAAUCCAAGGCGGAUUAGAUUCACAGAGACUGAACUGCACCCUCCCUCCCUUUAGAGAAAC